AUGGCUCCUAUUACCAAGACUCUCGCCCUCGUUGGCGCUUUCUUCGCCUUGACAGGCUACUCGGCUCCCGUUGCCAAACGCGUCGUCGUUUGGGAGACCGUUACUGAUGUCGUCUGGACCACCGUCGAUGUCACCACUACCAUCUACCCUCAGGCCACUCAGACCGCUACUGUCCCUGUGGUCGCCAACGCUGUCCCUACUACCGCUGCCGCCGCUGUCCAGGCCCCUAUCAAGGAGCAGGAGAAGGCCGCGCCCACCACCUCUUCGACCACCACCACCGCUGCUGCUGCCCCUACUGCUGAGGCCAUCGUCAAGGAGCAGAAGGCCGCGCCCACUACCUCCACCACCACUGCCGCUCCUGCUCCCACCGUGGAGGCCUAUUCUGCCCCCGCCCCCGCUCCUGUCGUAGAGGCCGAGACCACUACUGCUGCCCCUGCUACCGCUACUGCCCGUGCUGCCAAGAAAGAGACCACCAACACAGAGACCAGCAGCGGCCGCACCGGCCCCUGCUCCGAGGGCUCCCCUUGCACCGGUGAUAUCACCUUCUACGACACCGCCACUACCAGCACCAACCCCAGCUCCUGCGGCACUACCAACGACGGUACCGUCGAGAACGUUCUUGCCCUUCCCCACGGUAUCAUGACCGACGGUGACUGCGGCAAGACCGUUACCAUCACAUACAACGGCCAAACUGCUACCGGUACUGUGGUCGACAAGUGCAUGGGUUGUGACAACGGCUCUAUCGAUCUGUCCCGUCACUUCUUCGGCCAGCUCGCCUCCAUGGACAAGGGCCGUGCCGGUGGUGCCAAGUGGUACAUCCACUAA